AUGAGAGAACGAAUUCAAACCAAAGAAAGCCCAAACGCCAACCACCAAAGUCUGCAAUAUCGACAAACUAUAGAGAGCCUCAAAGCAGAAACCAAGAAGCUAAAAGACCAAAUGCAGCUUGAUCAUAUUCAUACAACGCCAAUUGGAAAUGAAUCUCACAUUGCCCGUCUCCAAGAUCAAGGGGACAUUUACACCCGAAAGAUCGAAUACGAAACCAAGAAACGUGACGAGCUUGACAAAAAGAUCAUUGAAAUCCAAGAAAAAAUCAUCAACAAGCGUGCUUCAAUUGGAGCUGCCAAAAAAAACAAAGAAACUAAUGACACAAUUGUACAGAAAAUAAAAAAGACUGAGCAUAAGCUUGAUAAAACCCUGCAAAAGUACAAUGAAGCUGUAGCUCAAAACAAGAAAAUCCAUAGCCAGAUUGAUUCUUUAAGAAGAGAGAAAAAAGUUUACCUUAACUUAACUUAACUUAAGAUUAUUGAUAAGCUCCCUGUCGGGGCCCGAAAGCCCUUAUUCCCUCCCGUAACGCUCCACUCGCCUGCUCGCCAACAACCGUCUCUCACGGCCUUCAAAGUCUCGCUCCUACGGACAUGGGCCUGCACAUGCACUCCGCAGUUGGGAAGUUUGGGUCACCGUGCCGUACGCCUGACGAAGGUUGCCUGUCUCGAAAUUUAAAAAAAUGGAAUCUCUGACCGACUUUCGGCAAAAGGGAAAAACUUGUAGCCCAGGGCGAAACUCCUGGUUUCUCGUUAGGGAGUUGCCCGAUAGACCUUUACAGGCUUGGCUGGGCUUCCCCUUUUCCAACUUCAAAGUCUCCCUUCCCUCGAGGUAAAAUCUAACUUGGAAAAAGGACUAGGGCUAGUUAUCUAGCAUAGCUGUCCAUUUCUUCGCUAGCAAAACCUUGCCGGAUAUAAUUAAAAUAGGGCUCGAUACUGCUUGGCCUCUCGGCCAAGCCAAGUUGAGACGCCAUAUUUUAAUUAUAGAAAAAAGUUUACCCAAACCCUUCGUCAGCGUUUAACUGAAGAAGUCGAACAAAAGCAGCAAGAAUUAAAACAAAUUGAGUCUCAAAAAGAGCAAGCCAAAAUCCAAAGGGAUGAUGCAAAAAAACAGCUAUUAAGCCUAAAAGAAACAGCAGAAAGAGAGCAGACGAAGUUUAAACAAGAAUGGCAAGAGCUAACUGAGCUGAUAAGAAAUGAUUCUAAAGUAAAAGACUAUUUGGAUUUAAGACAAGAAGAAAAAGAAGAAGAGAACCAAGAAGAAAGCUUAUUGAAAAAGAAUGAUAUGGAUAUCAUAAAAAAUUUAGACCAUACAGGAUCUAUAAGUAAAAAAGAUCGAGAAAAUAUUAGAGAAGCAGUAAAAAAAGUAGAGCAAUAUGAAGAAGCCUUUAAAAAAAUUGAAGAAGCAACUGGGCUUUCUGAUAUUGAUCAAAUUGUUAGAACUUUUGUUGAAGCUGAAAAACACAAUUAUUCUUUAUAUAACUAUGUAAACGAGCUAAGUAAUGAUAUAGAAAGGCUAGAAAAACAAAUAGCUCAGAUUAAGGCAGAAAUAGAAAGCUACAAAGGAAAAGGAAUAAAUACAGAUAAUCAAAGGAAAAAAAUUAUGAGUGACUUGGAAGUAAGGCUUAGCACAACUGAGUCAAGAGCUGAAAAUUAUGAAAGGAAAUACGAAAAAACAAUGAAAACUAUAAAUGCAUUGAAAAUUGGGAUUCAACAGAUUUUGAAAAAAAUUGGGUGCAAUAAUGAGAUGACUGAAAUGAUGCUGGACACACAAGGAGUUGAUGAAUCUAAUAUGAUGCAAUGCUUAGGUGUUAUUGAAUUAAGAACUAAUGAAAUAUUGCAGAUGUAUUGGGGAUGCACAAAUGAUCAUUCUUAUGCUCCAACUGGAGUUAUGCCUGCAAAUACUCAUCAUAGCCAACAAAAUGCUAUAAAACAGCCGAUUAAAAUUGAAAUUGAUGCGCAGCCGAUUAAAGAUGAAAAAGAGCCUGGGGAAGAAGAUGAUAAAGCUUUCUUGACAAGAGAAGAAAUGAAUGAUCGUGCAAUUAUUAAAAGUAUCCCAUAUAAGAAGAGAUAA